AUGGAGCCCCUACUAGGAGUAAAAGUUGGCUGCCUGUUUUCCCUGCUGGUUCUCACUCUGGUCUGUGGCCUUUGCCCCAUCUGCUUCAAAUGGUUCCAGACUGCUUCAGCCACAGGUCGUCACCGCCGGGUCCUCAGCCUCCUGAGCUGCACUUCUGCUGGCAUUUUCCUGGGAGCGGGGUUCAUGCACAUGACUGCUGAAGCCUUGGAGGGAAUUGAAUCAGAGAUCCAGAAGUUGGUGAUACAGAACAGCACAAACAGUGAGGGGAAUUCUGAUGAUGCUGAUUCAGCUUACAUGGAGUAUCCCUAUGGAGAGCUCAUCAUCUCCCUGGGCUUCUUCUUUGUCUUCCUUUUGGAGUCCCUGGCAUUGCAGUGCUGUCCUGGGGCUGCUGGAAGAUCAAAAGUGCAGGAGCAAGAAUGGGGUAUGGCUAAUGUCCUUGAACCCCAUAGCCAUGGACCUCUACCCUCACCAUCACGAGGUCCCCUGCGAGCCCUUGUCCUCUUGCUCUCACUCUCCUUUCACUCCGUGUUUGAAGGUCUAGCUGUGGGACUGCAGCCAACAGUCGCAGCUACCGUGCAGCUCUGUCUUGCCAUCCUGGCUCACAAGGGGCUCGUAGUGUUUAGUGUAGGACUGCGGCUGGUGCAGGUAGGCACUGGAUCACGUUGGGCCAUGCUCUCCAUACUGUCGUUAGCUCUCAUGUCCCCCCUGGGCCUAGCCCUAGGGCUGGCUGUGCCUCAGGGAGUCUCUGAAGGGGGGCAAGGCUUGGCCCAGGCUGUGUUAGAAGGCAUGGCAGCUGGCACCUUCCUGUAUGUCACCUUCCUGGAAAUUCUGCCCCGGGAGCUCGCAAGUCCUGAAGCCCCUCUGGCCAAGUGGGGCUGUGUAGCUGCCGGUUUUGCUUUCAUGGCCUUUAUUGCCUUGUGGGCCUGAGAGAUUCCUGACUUUUCUGAUGGAUCUAAGAUGAUCUCCCUCCCCCCAAGAGAUGCCUCCCAAAUGACCUUAGCCUUCUGACAUUUCUCCACUGAGACAAAGUGACAUUCACUAGACAUCAUUCCAUAACCUGGACCCCAGCUUUUCCCUACGCGAGAUGCCAUUUCUCAUGCAGGACUGAGAAA